UCACCUCGCGGCCCGCCGCGCGAGGCGCCGCGCAGCUUUCGGCGGAUUUAUUACGAAGGGAGCAAGGCAUCCCCCGAAGGCUGCGAGAGACGCCGAUGCGACCGGGCGCGGUCGAGACGAAGCGCGUGGCGACGGCGCGUGAGGCGGCGGCCAAGCCGGCGAUGGUGUUCGGUCGAAAUCCCGGCGGCGGCGGCGGCGGCGAGGGCGGCUUCGACGAGCGCGUGCGAUUGGCGGCGGCGGGGGCGACGGCGCACUCGCGGAUCCUCCUCGAGACGGGUAAGCUACGGCCGUCCUCCGCGCCAGCCUCGCGCGAUGGACGCGCCUCGAAGAUGCCCCUCCGGGUGCUUCCGGCUGCGGAGCGCGUCGCCCGCGCGCACGGGCAUCUCAGCGCCGCGAAGGAGUGCGCCACACGGAAGACGUCGACGCGGGCGCAGAGCGCGAGGAAGCAGGCGUUCGGGUACUCGUUCGCGUCGUCGACGAACGCCGCCGCGGGGGACAGGACGGCGUCGGUCAUCGCGCCGUUCGCGCCGCGCACGGCGACGCUCGCGGAGAAGAUGUGCGGCGCGAGGAUGAACGCGACGGCGACGAGGUUGAACGCCGGGCGGGGGACGACGAGUUCGACGACGAGUUCCAAAAAUCAUUCCAAAAAUCAUUCGGCGCAUCCCCCGCGGGGUUACUGGAGAGCCGACGUCACCGGGGCGGAGGACCCACCGUUCAACGUGAGCGCCCGGCCGAUGUCGCCGACGGUGGAACACGCCGCGAGGCCCGCGACGGCGAGGGUGAACGUCCGGGGCGACGGGGCGCAGCCGGCGCACGUCUUUGGCGCGAAGAUGCGUUCGACUACAGGGACGGCGUUCGCGGCUGUGCACACGCACGAUGCGGCGGCGCACGGGGGCCGCGUGGCGCGCGGUGACGUGGACAUCGAGAACGUCCCGCUAGCGGCGUCACGUAACGGAGGACCUCCAGACGGAGACGGACCUCCGGGAACCAAACCACCGACGGCGAAGAUCACGCGACCAAAGACAGAGUACGAGGAGAAACCCGGUAAGCGCGAUCCGCACGACGUCAACGCGGCGGUGUUUGAAUUCGGCGGUGGAAAGCGAACCGGCGCCAACGUGACGGGGACGAUUCGGAGGCAGAAAUCGUGGGAGAAGGUGUGGCAGUGACUGGAUCAUUCAGCUACACGAGGGUUGGUUGAUUAACGGACCGAUGACUCACAUGUG